GGACGAAGUGAUAACAAUUUGGUCCAAGUUCGUAAACGACGUGAUAAUUGCUCAUGCAUGACGGUGGGAUGCAAAUAUAUUAGACUUAACAAACGUAUGUGUAAAGUGAUAGGUGAUGAAUAACUUUUAAAAACGCCAAAAAAAUGAAAGCAUAACUGUAGGUGAUUUCGUUUCGGCCGCCAAAAUGGACAUCACCAAACCAGGGACGGAACCGUAUCCCCCAAAAUAUACCCUUUACUUAACUUCUCAUACACCAAAACCAGUUGAAAUUAAUUAAAAACAACAUUGGAGGCCGUUUUUCAUGGGUAUCAGCGUGUAUUGAAGCGCUUAAAGUAAUAUAAGGCCCGUGGUACCGUCCCUGGGUUGAGAUGCGACUCGUGUCAACAUGGGUGUGCUUGGCUGGUGUGUGUGUCAUGGCGGGUUAUAUUUUCCGUGCUGGCGGCGGCGGGAAGCGACUGACGGAGGGAAGGAGGUCGUCUGAGUGAGGUCGUGAUGGCGCGGCGCCCCCUCCUGGUUGUGGUGGUGAUGGUGGUGGUGGGGGUGGAAGGGGGGGGCCGGCGGAGGGGUCCUCUCUCCCCCCCUGAUACCCUUUCCCCCCAGGACACGGCCCCCCUAACACAUCUAGCUGAAGGCCCACACAACUACACACACCCGUCCAGCGGGUCGGCGGCGGACGAGCUGGAGUCGCUGCUGCUGUCCCUGCCGCCGCUGCCCUCCGCGCAUUCCCCGUCCAAGCGUCAGCAGCAGGUGCUGGGCAUCCGCUACCCCCCCGGCGUCGCCACCCCCCAUGCCUGCCCCUUCCAGAACCCCUACAUGUGCCCCGGCUACUGCCCCACUUACUGCCCCCCGCCCGUCCAGCCCCCCCCCCAGCCCCCCAUGGUGUGCCCAACCGUCUGCCCCUCGCAUCGCCCCCCACCUACGCCCUGCCCUCCCUGCCCAACGACCCCGCCAUGCCCCAGCUGCCCCCCCGGUGGCCGCCCCCUCUGCCCACCUGGCCCCCCCGGUUCUAUAGGUCCCCCUGGGCCUCCGUGUUUUGGUCCCCCAGGGUUGCCGGGCCCUCCGGGGCUGGGGUAUCCAGGCCAGCCUGGUCAACCUGGCCCCCCGGGGUCGUGUGUGGGGACGUGUCCCCCGCAACGCCCGAGGGACUGCGGCAACCAGGACCUCAUCAGCAGGAUACUGUAUCUCAUCAGCCAGGGCGGGUGCUGCCACCAGGGCUGCCCGGCGCCCCCACAAGACGAAUGCUACUGGGACUCCGCGCGGCUCUGGCUACUGUUCACGCAAGUUAAGACCAAGAUAGAACUCAUCGCAGAAUUGGACGCACGAAUUGAUCUCCUUGUGGCCGCUGUUUUCCGCAUGCGUCUGGCGGUGGAGCGAGCAUACAACAUGGUAGGGGACACAGGAGCCCCGGGGGAGGAUGGCGACCCCGGGGAGAAGGGCGACGUGGGGCCCACUGGGGAGCCUGGCCACUGCCCCGAGAUGACCUGUUUAGUGGGUCCCGCGGGUCCCCCUGGGCGCCCUGGGGACAAGGGGGAUCAAGGGCCCAAAGGGGAGUGCUGCUAUGGAACCCGGGGGCAGCGCGGACCCAAGGGGCAGUCUGGUAGAGGAUCCACGGGGGUGUCAGGCGUCGCGGGGCACAAGGGACAGAAGGGUGACCCAGGUAGAGUGGUUUGGGCCGCUCCUGACUCGCUCGGGACCUUGGACUGGUGAUCUGCUGCAGUCUGCCUUGUAAGAGUCGCGUUUUCUGGGACUCUUGGUGUUCAAAGAUUGCCCCUGCCUUCUAUAUUUCUGGGGUGUUGGCGUUAGGCUUAGCGCUCCGGCACCGUAGUUCUAAUUCGUGUGUUGUGUUAAGGCCCCGUUCACACUGUGCCGACUCUGGACCACGACAACCCAGCGACUCAGGGCACACGAGGUCUUGGGUGUGGUAUGUUGACGUGGCAGGGUCGCACACACCGUUACCAGGUUAUCGUACUCGAAGCCUCACAUUUUCCUCCUCCUCACCCAUAAGCAUCACCAGGGAACAACACUAAUUAACCAUUAUAACGAUAUAACUACAAAUAUAUAUCGUUGUUAUGACCCAGGAGACAGUUUUGGGGGUGAUAGUCGGGAACCAUGAGAUUAAGUGCGACAGUCUGGCACCAAGGGUCGUACAUGGUCGGAAAGAGGUCUAGAAACGAUCGUAAGAACAUAAGAACAUCGGGAAACUGCAAGAUCGAUGGAUGCGGAGUCGGGACAGUGUGGAGGGGACAUAAAGGUCGGUGGGUUGUCGUGGGUCAGAGUCGGCGGAGUGUGAACCGGUCGUAAGUUGUCGUAAGGUUAAGAAAAUAUAUACUUGUUAUUAAUGAGGUAAUUCUAAGUACGUACGGCAGCUGUCACGAGAGGGUCAGGUCUAUUGGUAUUGUUAAGUGUCUUUGUGUUUUGUAAUAGUAAUGAUGAUGUUGAUUGCUUGUUUGUAAGGUUGAUGUAAAAAAAAUAAACUGAGGGAAGUGAACAAAAUGAA